AUGGGACGCAAGCCCACGCCGCAGCCGCUGAUUCUGGCGGACGGUAACCCUAUCGACGACCCGCCGCAGCUGUCCGCCGAAGGAGCGUCGCAGGCCGCCGCGUCGCCCAUCGACCCCAAAUCACCCAAAUCGCAGCGAACAUCGCCCUUUCCCAUCAGCAAGUUUGCCGUCCACAGAAACAGGCCGCCCAGAACAGGGAGGUCACCAACCUUGCAGCCACAACCGCCACGGCCUGCGACUAGCACCGGACCGCCAGACGAGGCCGCCCGCCAGCAGCAACAGCUGCAGCUGCAGCAGUAUCGCGCCCAGGCCCGCGAUGAUUCGGAGCUGCUGCAGCCCUCGAUGUCGACCUUGGAUCCUCCUUCAGCCGGACUGCCUCCCCAGGGCCUGCGCCAAGCCAUGACGGACGGUAACAAACCAACCAAGCCCAGCUUUUUCCAGUUCAGCAAGGCGCCCAAGACUCCCAACCAGCCACCCGCCGCACAGGCCCAGCAGCAUCCCGAGUCGCGGGGCAAGCCAAUGUCGAGAGGGAGCGAGGGCGGCGAGAAAUCGGGUCACAAAGACCCAACUACCUCCGAGGACGGCCAGCAAAAGUCCAUUCCUUCUCAACCAUCACGCUCUGACCUUUCGGUUUCGUCAUCCGGAGAGGCAGAGGCGACGCCACCCCUACCCUCUAUCAAGAAGAACAAGACCAAGUCAUUUGCGCUUCUUGGCCGCAGCAAAUCUGUUCGCGACAAGGAGAGCAACCGCCUCAAACUUGCCGUCGCGCCAGUACCACUACCAACACCAAACAACCCCCCGCUCACCGAAAAUACCACCAACACGACCACUGCCUCCACCAGUACUCCAAUUACAGCAGCGCCCGCGGCCGCUCAAACACCGACUGUGCCCCAAGACCGGGCACUCAGAGACGACGGGAUGAAUUCGAAUCCUCGGAACCGACCAGAGGACCGAAUAGCUGGUGCCGCUGGUGCUACUAAAGAUGCCUCACGCGAGAAGGAGCAUAAGGAGCAUAAGGAACACAAGGAGCACAAGGAGCACAAGGAACACAAGGAGCACAAGGGCCAUUCAUCAUCGAUACGGGAGACCGGCGCAUCAACAUUUCUCAGCGGGCUGAGAUUUUCAUCUACUAGAGCUGCCGACUUGAUUAGCAAGGGGCUAUUCGGCAAGAGCACGCGAAGUGGCAGCACGACGGAGAGAGAGCCGGUGGUGGAUGACGAGCAUUACGUGCUCAAAACUAUCAAUCUGCCGCUGGUCGAGCAAACACGAUUGACUCGAAUUUCGAAACGACUGGAAGACUCAAGGGACAAGACAGAAUUCUGGAUGCCUGCAUUCCCGUGGAGGGCCAUCGAUUACUUGAAUUAUAAGGGAACCGAGGUCGAAGGUCUCUAUCGAGUGCCUGGAAGCGGGCCUCAGGUUAAGAAGUGGCAAAGAAGAUUCGAUGAGCAAUACGAUGUCAACCUAUUUGAGCAAAAUGACCUCUAUGAUAUCAACAUUGUUGGUUCAAUGCUCAAGGCAUGGCUUCGGGAACUGCCUGAUGAACUCUUCCCCAAAGAGGCUCAAGAGCGGAUUGCUCGUGAAUGUCAGGGCGCCGAAAAGGUCCCGCAACUUCUUAUCGACGAGCUCUCGAAUCUGUCUCCGUUCAACUACUACCUCCUCUUCGCCAUCACAUGUCAUCUUAGCUUACUUCUCGCUCACUCCGACAAGAACAAGAUGGAUUUCCGGAAUCUCUGCAUCUGCUUCCAGCCCUGCAUGAAAAUCGAUGCCUUUUGUUUCAAAUUUCUGGUCUGCGAUUGGAGAGAUUGCUGGAGAGGCUGCAAGAACGAGCCCAAAUUCAUUGAGGAGGAGUACCGACUAUUCGAUCAGCCACCACCGCGCGGCCUUGCCGAUAUGCAGGCGCCCCUCCAGAGUGAGACCAAGGAGGAUGUAAAUCCCGUCUCGUUGCACGCCAACAUGCCAUCGAUUGAGGAGCCUAGUGAGCCUAGUGAGCAUACUCAGCCCGUGGUGAAGCUGGAUAAGCCGGAAAUUCAGUUGUCGAAAUCCAGCAACAGCCUUUCAUCCCACAGGUCAUCCAUUUCGACGGCCUUGAGUGCUGCUAGCGAGGAAGACGAGAAUGCUAGCGACAUGUUCGGCUUCACGCAUUCCUCUCAGCCUACGGUAACUCGCGAACUGCGCCCCUUGUCCCCUAUCCAGCCUCUGUCGCCUCUCGGCUUCUGA